AUGGCACACUCCUUCCACGUUCCCCUGUCCAAGGCGCAUCUGAAAUGGAACAACGCCCUCCCCCCAGCCCUCACAGUGCCCUCCGGCGCCGAGAUCACAUUCGACCUCAAGGACGGCGCGAACAACCAGAUCCGCCCAGACAAUGAGGCCACCUGCUUCUCGACAUUCGACCGCGACCAAGUGGACCCGGCCUUCGGCCCCGUCUACGUCGAGGGCGCCGAGCCGGGCGACGUGCUCAAGGUCGAGAUCCAGUCCCUCGCCACGGCCGACUACGGCUGGACCGCCGUGUUCAACGGGUUCGGCCUGCUGGCCGACGACUUCCCGGAGGAGCACGUCAAGAUCUGGGACCUGAGCGGCAAGUCCCUGCUCCCCGGGACCACCGGCGCGAGCGGCCCUCCCCGCGCCGUCUUCAAGCCCGGCAUCUCCGUGCCCGUGCGGCCGUUCCUCGGGGUCGUGGGCAUUGCGCCCGCCGAGCAGGGCGAGUUCAGCACCAUCCCGCCCUACGCCCUCUCGGGCGGGAACGUCGACACGCGCUACCUCGGGAAGGGGUCCACGAUCUACUUCCCCGUGCAAGUGCCCGGGGCGCUGUUCAGCUGCGGGGACGCGCACGCUGCACAGGGUGAUGGCGAGGUCUGUGGGACAGCUAUAGAGACCCCGGCGACGGCCACCGUUAAGUUGAGCAUCGUCAAGAAGGGCGCGGAGGGCUGGAUGGAACUCUCGAGCUUGCACUAUACUACGCCGCCGCGGGUGGGCGAGGCUGCUGAGGAUGAUCUCAAGGGGACCUACGCCGCUCUGGGCAUCCACGCAGACCCAAGGGAGGCGGCAAAGAUGGCACUGAGAGGUCUUCUUGACUGGCUGGAGAAGAACAAAGGGCUCACAAGGGUGGAGGCCUACAUGUUGGCCAGUGUGGCGGCGAGCUUGAGGAUGACUGAGGUGGUUGAUAUGCCUAAUUUUGCAGUUUCUUGCUCUAUUCCGCUAAAUACAUUUGAGGAGUAG